AUGCUGAGCUGGCGUGCUCUCGUUGUUGGCUGUGGCCGAUACCACCUCAACGAGGAUCUGCCCCAAAGCUGUCAGGAUGCCAAGCGAGUUUUUCAAGCGUUUCAUAGUGCUGUUGCUGAGCACGACCAUGGUGAUCACGUCUUGCUGCUGGAGCCGUCAGCAGCCGUGUUGAAAGCAGCUGUGGAGCAUUUGGUUGCACCCCCCACUGACGGUGUGCGCAUGUUUCUGUACUUUGCUGGCCAUUGUUAUGAGCGGAACGGGAGGAACUACCUGCAGCCAGGGACGCGGGAACACGAUGAUGAGAAUGACGUUUGCGUCCAGGCACUCCUAGCCGACUUGGAGCGGAACAGCUUGCUUUUCGUGGUGGUUCAUGGUUGCCGGAGGCGCGACAGCGUCGGAAUGGCGCCACCUCCGAGUCCCAGGCCACAUUUUGCCAAAAGAAACUUAAAGUCUGACUGGGCAUUCCUCUUUUCUUGCUUGACAGGGGAGUGUACACUGGAUGAGUCAACAUUUGCCCAAGAGUUCUGUAACUUACUCCAAGAGCCUGGGCUAGCCUUGGAAACACUUGUGCAGCGACUGAAGUCCAGGGUGCAGCAUCAUCGUAUUGAGGCGCACGUCAGCCUGCGCCGCCCGACUGUCAUUGUUCAACCUGACACGCCGGACGACAACUCAGGACCAUGGAAUACUACAGAGGCUGAUGAAAGCAUCAGGUCUGCUGGCAGCCCCUCAGCAUCUGUGGUUCCAAAGGUCCAUCUCCCGAGUCGUUUGUCUGGCAAACAGCUGCAAGGGUUCAAGUUGAUGCAAACCUUCCACAAGAACGGGCAAUUCAAUCUGGUUAGAGAGGCCUUGCGGCGAGUGCAUGAGACAUCAACACAUCAUGACGACAGAGCCCUGGCUGCAAUCUUACAAACAGAGGAGCACCACUUCAACGGUUCGUACGAUCAUUCACACAAAUCGCUUGUGCUGCUCGGGACCAGCCAGCCUCGCUCGUGA